AAAAUUCUUUAUUGAAUAGGUUGAACUUUGGUGGUAGACUUUAUAAAUUACAAGACGCUGAUUUGGACAAUAUAGAGUCAUAUCAGCACGACAAUAACCUCAACGACGACAACAACGACAAUAACGAUGAAAUAACAAACCUGGAAGUUGACGAUCAAACGCGUCAGAGACGACUUGACAAAUUCGGCGGUGUACAACCUGAUGAUAUCCCAAUGAGCGCAGCAGUGGAUGAGACUCCAAUAGAGCCGGAAUCUGCAGAGGAGAAUGUUACCAAAGAUGUUAAACCGGACGCUACCGUCAGACCAUACGCUCUUUUCCUUACUGGUGAAAUCAUAGGCAAGCUGUCAACUCAACAGUUGUUAGCUUACGCAUCGGAAUUCUCUGAACCACCACCCUACGGUAUGGAAUGGAUUGAUGACCACCGUUGUGUUUUCGUUUGGCAUGAAUCACAAGAUUUCAGACAAGGUUGGAGGGGUUUGCUAGUCGAUAUACCGGAAACCGGUCUACCAAGACACGGACAAGAUCACUAUUUUGACCUCCUUCCAGCCAGGAAUGUACCUUCUACUCUCAGCAAAAUCGAACCAAAAGAUGAUUCAGUUCAGAUACGCGUCAGACCAGCCACACUUGGAGAUGUAAAGCGCAAAACUCAGUACAAAAACUCUCAAUGGUAUAGCAGCCACGGUAGAAGGGCUGGUAAGAUCGGUGACUCCCCUCCACGUCCCGAGAGAAGCAGGAGAGAGGUUAGUCCUGACAGAUGGCAAAAUGAUAAGGCGGAUUUGGACGCAGAGCUCGAUGGUAUCAGCAGGGGUGACUAUAGGCAGCGUUCACCUCCAAGGGACAGAUCUAGAGGCAGAGGCAGAGGUAGAGGCAGAGACAGAGAUGACAAUAGAAGACGUCAACAAGUGAAUGCAGACGACCUCGACAAAGAGUUAGAAGAUUACCUUUCAAGUAGGAAUUAAUAAAUCAUUACAUUACAUCUGUACAAAUACACCAUUC